AUGCUGGGACUCGUGCAGCUCCUCGCAGCGCUCGUCUGCGGCAGCCAAGCCGUCCUCCAGGUCUCCAUCUCCCUGAACAAAGUGGAGCUGAGCGUUGGAGAGUCUAAGUUCUUCAUCUGUACAGCCAUCGGGGAGCCGGUGAGGCUGGACUGGUUCAACCCGCAGGGCGAGCGCAUCGCGCCGUCGCGCCGCUUCGCGCUGCACAGCGAGCCGUCGCGCUCCCGGCUCAUCAUCUACAACGCCGUGGUCCAGGACGCCGGCAUCUACCGCUGCGAGGCGGCCGACGCCGCCGGCAACACCGGGGAGGCGUCCGUGGUGCUGGAGAUAUACCAGAGGUUGACGUUCCGGGACGUCCAGUCUCCUCAGGAGUUCCGGCACGGUGAGACGGCGGAGGUGGUCUGUGAUGUCAUCAGCUCGCCGGUUCCCACCGUGGUUUGGUACUACCAGGACCGGGAGAUCACUCUGGAGCAAGGCAGCCGGCUCCAGAUGUUGGCCAACAACAACCUGCAGAUCCAGCAGGUGAGCAAGGCGGACGAGGGCGUGUACCGCUGCGAGGCCAGCGUGGAGGCCCGGGGCGAGAUCGACUUCGUGGACAUUGCCGUGGUCGUCAACGUGCCCCCGGUGCUGACCAUCUCCCAGCAGUCCUUCAAUGCCACGGCAGACUAUCAGGAGUCUGUGACCUUCACCUGCAUGACCUCAGGGUCACCGGAGCCCCGGGUCACCUGGCAUAGGAAGGGGCAGCAGCUGGAGCCGUCGGAGCAGCACGUCUUAACCCGUCUGGACGGGGGGCGGAGCUCCCUGACCAUCCGCAACAUCCGGCAGGGCGACGGGGGGAGCUACACCUGCAGGGCCGCCAACAAGGCGGGGGCCCAGGAGAGGGAGCUCUUUCUAAAAGUCUUCGUCCAGCCUCACAUCACUGUGCUGCAGAACGUGACGGCAGUAGAGGGCGCCGCAGCCGUCGUCUCCUGCCAGGCGGAGGGGGAGCCGCUGCCCGACAUCUCCUGGAGGACGGGGCAGGACGGGCGGAGCUACGGGGACGGAGACAAGAGUCCAGAUGGACGGCUGCAGGUCCGUGGGCGUCACGGCCGCUCGGUGCUGACUCUGAGCUCCGUCCGGCUGUCGGACCGUGGACGUUUUGACUGCGAGGCUCAGAGCCGCAUAGGAGGCCAUCAGAAGAGCAUGUUCCUGGACGUGGAGUUCAUGCCACGCUUCCUGACCAACCACACCAUCCUGUACUCGUGGGAGGGAAAUCCCGUCAACAUCAGCUGUGAUGUCAUCGCCAACCCGCCGGCCACCCUGCUGUGGAGGAGGGAGCGAAUCAGCAUCGCCGCUGAGGCCACGCCCACCACCCGGGUCCACGGCACCGCCGGCAAGUCGGUGCUGGAGGUGACCCCCAUGUCUGACCGGGACUUCGGUCGCUACAACUGUACGGCGAGGAACAACAUCGGGGUUCGAUUCCAGGAGUUCAUCCUGGCUCAGGCGGACGUCCCGUCCAAUCCGUACUCGCUGCGGCUGUCGGCAGUCUCGCAGCGCCUGGCCACCGUCAGCUUCAUGAAACCCGACUCCCACGGCGGCGUUCCCAUCAGCCACUACCUGCUGCAGUACCGGGAGGCGGGGCCUCAGGACUGGAGGGAGCUGCGCUCCCACAGCGUGCACACCACCGUGGUCCUCACGGGACUUGAACCGAACACCACGUACGAGGUGCGGGUGGCGGCUGUCAACGGGAAGGGCCAGGGCGAGUUCAGCCACACGGAGAGCUUCCAGACGCUGCCCAUCCGGGAGCCCAGUCCGCCGGCGGUGCACGGCCAGCGGGGGAUGGGCACGGCGUACCGGCUGGGCCUGGUGAAGCAGGACGACGGCGGGAUGCCCAUCGUGGAGUACAUCGUCAAGUACAAGACUGAUAAGGAGGAGCAGUGGAUGACCAAGCUAGUCCCGGGCUCCCAGGACUCGGCGCUGCUGCAGCCGCUGCAGUGGAACACCCGCUACGAGGUGGAAAUCACCGCCCGCAACGUCAAGGGCCUGUCGGAGCCCACCUUCUACCAGUUCUUCAUGCCGCAGAAGCCGGACAUCACAGCAGAAUCCCUGUUCAGCGGGCUGGGCCUGGGCGCGGUGCUGGGCCUGGGCCUGGCCGCUCUGCUCCUGGUCGCCGCCCUGCUGGACGUGUCCUGCUUCUUCCUGCGCCGCGCCGGCCUCCUCAUGUGCCUGACGCGCUCGCUGUGCGGCAACAAGACGGCCACCGGCGCCAAGGGCAAGGAGCCCGAGGAGGGCAAGGCCGCCUACCUAAAACUUCCGCUGAAGGAGGAAAACGGCAAAGAGUCGCUGAAACCCGACACCAUCGAGAUCAAGGUCCAUGGCGACGGCAGCCUCCACACAAAGGCCGACGACAGCAGGGCGUAGACAGGAAGUGGGAGG